GUGUAAAACUCACAUGAGAAAGAAAUGGAAAAUCGUGUAGACCAGUUUGGUGCAAAGCUAAUUUAUCUUCUGCUAUCAGAAUUUAAUUAAUCAGUCGUGAAUAUCCAGUGAUUUCUAUUUCUUUUCAUAGAUGCCUCUGCACGUGGUUUAUGCAGAUGAAUAUUAAAAUUCUUAUUUACAUUUAUCACCUUUUUUAUUGCACGCCCUUCUAAUUGACCCAGUUAAGUAAUCGUAGAAAUUCUCAUAAUCUCUAUGAUUUAUCUCCGAAAUUCGUUUCGAAUGAAGGACAAUAUCGUGAUUAUAGCUAGAACUGCUGAUAAACUUUUGUUUACGCGCAAUUUGCAUGCGAAAUCGACUUUGGUCUCGUAAAUGAAAUGAUGAACAAGGUGGACGUUAGUGUUCAGAUAGAAAAGUUUUAUAAUGGCCGAGAAAGGUGCGCAUUUGACCGGGACUUCGUUAAUUAAACCUUCUAUUUUCGAAAUCGUUGCUCAGGAAUCGUUCGCAUCCACUGUUGAGCCAGCUUUCAAAAAGCUUCUAUCGUUUAUCGUAUCGUUUAACAUUGAAAGAUACGGACACGUCCUUAGAUGGACCGACGAGGGGUAUUUAAUUUUCAACGCGAUCCUCCAACGAUAUUACUUCAACAAAUAUUCUGCUUCGUUCUCUGAAGCGUUCUACGGUUUGAAACGCGUAGUAGCAACAGACUCGAAAGUGAAACGCAAUUUAUCAAACGAACAGAAGAAACUGUCUUUAAUAUUAAUAGUCUUAUUUCCUUACGUAAGAAGUAAACUUUCUCAAUUGAGUGAGAAAUAUAAACUAGAAGAAUUAGAUGGCUGCGCUCCGAAAUCGACAUGGCAGAGGCUGUACCGUAAUUGUGUAACCACAGGGAAUACUGUAAUUUUCACAGUGUACGAAUUUCUAGUAUUAUACAAUUACAUACUUUACGUCUCUGGGAAAUCGGCGUACACUUCCCCUCUGCUACGUCUUUUGUCAAUUACCCUAACUUACGCGGAACGUGUACCAUUAAUUAGCGUUUCUGAUUUACUGAGGAAGAUUAGAAACAAUUCUUUCAACGUCGACGACAGCGUAGACAUACUGCAAAGAUUAGUGACCAGGUCCCUCGAGUUCGGAGCGUUCUUCCUUCAGUUCUUGUCUUGGUGGACUCAGGAACAUCAGAAUACGAAUUUAUUAUCAUUGCCCAUUCCUCCGCCCCCGCAGAUUCCAGAGAUAGCGAAGCGAUACAAAGGCAUAUGUCCAAUCUGUUGUAAGGCACUCAGGGUACAUACGGUACUCUCGGUAUCUGGUUACGCGUUCUGCUAUCAAUGCAUCCUCCCCGUGAUACACAGGGAGAGAAAGUGUCCGGUCACGAGCUAUCCUGCCAAGGAAGACGAUCUGAUACGACUGUACCUAGACUAAAAUUUAACAUACACGUUCUACCUGUACAAUAAAAAGCGUUUUACCUCGAA